AUGAAUUCCAUUUUGGAAAAGCGACAGAAAUACCAUAUAGAAGAACAAGAAGGCAUUUCACAGUCGUUUGCACUUGGUGAAGUCAAAGAUGAAGAACAUGCGGCUGAAGGGGGAAAUGAAAUGGAGGCGACCGAUGAGGAAAAGCAGAUCCUUCGUGAGGCAGCCGAGUGUCUGAAGACCAUUGGAGUUUCGAAAGCUUUUGAAAAGCUCCAGACGUUGCUUGGAAAGUCUUCGUUUUAUUCACAGCUGAUUUUGGAAAAACUGAAGAAGGAAGACGGAAAAGCAAAGCGGAAAUCUGCCCUUCUCCGAAAGGUAAUUGUUCUGCUUCCGUUCUCGAGCUUAAAUCUUUACCUGGUGAUUGGUCUUGUUUUGUUGUUGUUUAACCUCGGUCACGACAAGUUAACCUUUCUCUCACGACUCGAACCGGACGAUGUCUCACCGGACGAUCUUUCAGCUGAAGUACUAGCAGCAUGCUAA